AGCGUUAGCGAGGCGAGCUAGCGGUUUCCCAGUUAGCCAGUCUCCCCCCCAGCGCAUAAAGCUGGAGCGUUAGCUUACAGAAUGAGGGCAAUGCGUUUGUGUACGUAUAGUGUUAUAGUUUUACACGUUUGAGAAAGUAUUCCCCCACUAUUUCAAGGGAAAAAUUACUUCGUGCCUGGAAGUUAAUCAGAGCCUUUCUCAGGGAGAAAAGUGUCUAACCUUAGCACGGUAACCUUAGCACCGUAGUUUGGCGUCUCCACUGGUCACGGAGAGGAGCUGAGGGAGGAUGUAGACAUGUCCGUGUGGGUUAGCUGGCCGGUUAGCUGAUCUAAUGUCGAAGGAGAAGUUUUGACAAGAUAUUGCAGUUGGUGUUUGUUCAAGUCACGUUGCUGAGAUUACCGAGUGGGGCCGAGAGAACCAGCCGCCAUGUUGGAAGAGGACAUGGAAGUGGCCAUCAAAGUGGUCGUGGUUGGCAACGGAGCUGUGGGCAAGUCCAGCAUGAUCCAGCGUUACUGCAAGGGUAUUUUCACCAAGGACUACAAAAAGACUAUUGGAGUGGACUUUUUAGAAAGACAGAUUGUUGUAAAUGAUGAAGAAGUCCGACUAAUGCUGUGGGACACGGCGGGACAGGAGGAGUUUGAUGCCAUUACCAAGGCUUACUACCGAGGAGCCCAGGCUUGUGUGCUGGUGUUCUCUACCACAGACAGGGAGUCGUUCCAGGCUAUUGACAGCUGGAGGGAAAAGGUGGAAGCAGAGGUCGGGGACAUUCCCACAGUUCUGGUGCAAAACAAGAUCGAUCUUCUGGAAGAGACUGUAAUACAAAAUGAGGAGGCUGAAGCGUCGGCUAAGAGGCUGAAACUCCGCUUUUAUCGAGCUUCAGUGAAAGAGGACCUUAAUGUCAAUGAGGUUUUUAAGUACUUAGCUGAAAAGUAUCUUCAGAGACUCAAACAGCAGACAGCCGAAGAAAUAGACAUGGUUCACACGACGAGCAAUAAAAUAGGUGUUUUCAGUACCAUUAGUAGUAAUGUUAACAACCAGAGCUCCAGCAACGGCAAAGAAGUCAUCACUUUGAGACCCAAUAAACAAAGGACCAAGAGGGGGAAAAAUCCUUUUGGAGGCUGCAGCCUGCUUUAGAGCAGACCCUUUCCAUUUAACCCACUGUAUUUUCUGCACAGACUAGAACAUCCAUUUAAACAUUACUUUGAUAACGUGUUGGUAAUCUGUAUUCAAAGCUCCCAGAAUGAUGCAUGUAUCUUCGUUGGCUCAGCCUCAAAACCCCGGCCCUCCCUGUGGUUGCCUUAAGUAUCAGCAACAGCUGCAGCUACAAAACGUUUCAAAUCUUCCAAAAAUGUUCAGAAACUGUAAAAGUAUGCGAGUACUAGUGGAUUUUCUCCUGAUUACAGAGGCUUUUUCAAACCACAAACCUGUCAGAAUGUGUUGGAGCGAAAGUUGCACACAGAAAUCUUCUCCCACACGACUUUUUCAGCCACUCGUUGCUGCGUUUGACAUGUUUAUGUAUUUAGCAGAUGCUUUUGUCCAAAGCGACAUACAAGUGACAUGUAUGCAGUGCAAAUAAGUUUGCAUGUGUUGUACGAUAUAUCCACAUGGUUUUGUACCAUAUUUUUCUAGGGACCAGAAUAUGGUUCAAACUGCACGGUUUAACCCCUGAACAGAACUCUAUGGUGAGCCACUCUGUACAAGUAUUUUUGUAUAAAUCACAACAGUGUUGAGUGAUUAUUGUGCCAAAUUUACUACGAUCGAGUUGAGGAUGGAUUUUGAUGUUAGUGAUUUGGAUGUAACUUAAAGAGCAAGUCACCCCCUACCAGAGUAUUACUCCAAUCCCACUUCCUGUUUGAAAAAUGCAACAAAUGCUGGCGCCUAGCAGACCGAAGGGGCGGAGCCACUAACAAAUACACACACACAGGCUCACAACGACAUUGUGACAUCAUAUCGUACCAGCUAACAUUCUAGGGCAGUGGUUCCCAAACUUAUUUAGCCGCGCACCCCCUUCUAUGUCCCGACCAUGUUGACGCACCCCCCAGCCCCACAUCAGGGCAUGGCCCUAUAUGUGCUAAACCAGGGGUCGGCAACCUGUUCCCAUCAAAGAGCCAUUAUUACCCGUUUCCCACAGUAAAGAAAACACCGCAGCAGCCGCGGCGUUGUGGGCGGGGCCUACCCUCAGACAGCUUUAACCAAUCACAACAGGUGACAGCAGCCAGUACCGGUCGCUCGUGUACGUCAAAGUUAUCUUUCAUAAGAAGAUAAUCAAUAAAACGAUUUAUAUAAAGUGGAUCCAGAAGUUGUAGCCCGUCUCUGCCUACAAUAUUUUGAUAUUUUUCACCCUGUUGGUGGUUUUACUGAGCAGGUGCCACUUUUGUCAUACGUUUCUUUUUAAAACAUGUUUAGACUGUUCAGAAUACAAAUCCAGGCUCUGUCAUGUUUGAUUGUUGUAAUUAAACUUUGUAGGUAGGGAAGGUCAGAAAAGGAUCCGAUCAAUUUGUUUUUCCCUCAUUUACAGUGACGGAGAUAACGGCGCAGUGCGCCUGGCUCUGGUGUUAAUCAAGUUUAAUUUGUAACUGUUUUCACAAGAAAACAGAACAGUUAAAAGCAGGGCUUGUGUUGACCGGACAGUUCUCGUAUUUGGCCGUUUAUUUUGACGGAGAAAGAAUAGAAAGAAUUACCCCGACGCAUGCAGACGAACUGACACUUUAUUCGUUUCGCAAAUCGCAGAUGUAGCUAAAUCACUCAAGAAAAGAUUCCCAUCUGAACAUCUGAGCUGGACACUGCUCAGCGCAGCUCACGGUCAGCGCGUACAUAAGGUGCACAGCGAGCUGAAGAUGUGGAGGGGGGCUUGGAGCGCGUUGCAGAACCAGAGCGCAUGCGGGAAGAUUCCUCCAACUGAAGCAAGAGUUUUCCAAACCCGGUCUCUCAGAGAGACUUGUCACUUAGAAAAUGUUCCCUGAUGAUGAAACUUUGGCUGAAUAGUGCUUGUUCCUGUCUCCAAUGUGGCGUCUGAGGAGAGUCCCAGAAUCUCACAUCGUCUUCAGCUCAGAAAGCGCCUAUGAUUACGCACAAGCGUGACGCGUCAACCCGGUCACACAGUAAGACUGGGUUGGACCUGUUCAGGUUCACGCAGACAAUCUUUACAUUUAGAAUUGACAUACAGAUGUCAAAUUUAUGCAGCAAAAUAUAAAGCAUUUUAUUUAAAUAUCCAGUUAUUAUUUUACAAGCACAGAAAGCUACAUUAGAUGGAUGGAAGAGCCGCAUGCGGCUCCAGAGCCGCGGGUUGCCGACCCCUGAGCUAGGGCAUGUGCGGAGGACACACACACACACACACACACACACACACACACACACACACACACACACACACACACACACACACACACACACACACACACACACACACACACACACACACACACACACACACACACACACACACACACACACACACACACACACACACACACAAGCAAAAUAUACUUCUUUUCAAUUACGUUUAUUGGGCCCACUUACAUUUUCUUAGGCCCACCCACAAAUGAGUUUCUGGGAUUCUGGCUACGCUAAUGGUGACUUUUGACAGACUUCUCUGAACUCCGCAGCCAUUACACUUUUCACCUCGCUCACACCUCAGCGGCAGCUCGCGCACCCCCAGGGGUGCACGCACCACACUUUGGGAAUCCCUGUUCUAGGGUACCUCUUAGCCAAUAGCGAUGGCAGAUUUAAAUUAAACUGCAGUGCAGAGUUUUUACCUGACAACGUACAACACUGACAGUUUUAGGCAGAAAAUUUAAAUUAAAACUAAAAUGCACUGAAGUGCAAAACUAUUGACAACACGUGUCUGCAGCACGAUUAGACAUGCAUUUAUAUAGUUUAUCAGGGAAAAAGAAGUUGAUUUGGGGUGACUUGCUCUUUAAUAUUUCAAGAAUGUGCUCCUCUGUGUUACCAAAUGUCAAUAACCACUUAAAACUGAGUUAUUUCCGAUACUUCUGUUUACACUGAUUUUUUUUGAUUUUUUUUAUCUGAGGUUAAACGAAUGACCCUCAGCUCCUUUAGUUCAAUCUGAAUUAUAAAUAGUAAAGCUAUGCUUUUCUUGUUUUCACCAUUUUAUUUGUGCAUUAAUAAAAUAUAUUCAGUCAUUAUUUCUAACAUCUGAGAAACUUGGCAUGGCUCCAGGUUAUUUUACUAACUAUUCUAGUAAUCGGUACGUGUAAAUAUCAUUUCUGUAUACUUUUAAUAAAGAAAUGGUGUGAUCAGGAAGGUAAAAUACAACAUUCAGUUAGCCCGCUGACAUCUGUGCCUGUGGUGUUUGUGUUUAAAGCAGGAUCUCAGUGGUUUCUGGCUGAAAGUGUUUUAAAAAAACAUCUGGACUGGACAUUCAGCUGGUAAUGUUUUUGUUUGUGCCUGAAUGUGCUGGAAAAUGUUUCGAGUUGUUUUUUCAGUUGAGGGCACUUUAAGAAGUAAUUUCUCAGUCUUGUUUUAUGUCUUUUUCUACUUAAAGAGCAAGUCACCCCCUAUCAGAGUAUUACUACACUCCCACUUCCUGUUUGAAAAAUGCAACAAAUGCUGUUGCCUAGCAGACUGAGAUGGAGCCAUUAACAAAUACACACACAUACAGGCUCACUACAACAUUGUGACAUCAUAUGGUACCAGCAAACGUUCUAGGGUACCUCUUAGCCAAUAGCGAUGGCAGAUUUAAAUUCAAAUGCCGUGCAGUUUUUACCUGACAACGUACAACACUGACAGUUUUAGGCAGAAAAUUAAAAUUUAACUAAAAUGCACUAAAGUGCAAAACUAUUGACUACAUGUGUCUGCAGCACGAUUAGAUACGCAUUUAUAUAGUUUAUCAGAAGAAAAAGUUGAUUUGGGGGUGACUUGCUCUUUAACUUUUUUUUGCAAACCUCUGGGGAACAAAUGGUUGACCAAGCACACACACAUACAUGGUAGUGUGGAAAAGUCUUGUAUUAAAACUUUUGUCUGGAUUGAGUUAUAAUAAGUACUUUAUAUAAUGGAACAGGACUAAGUACACGUGCAUGCAGAUUUCUAAUUGUCAGAUUUGUUUUCAUAUAUUAUAGAAUGUAUUUAUCCUUUUUUUUAGUCUGAAAAUCUAAAAAGGUGCUUAAAUUGCUUUCCAUUUCAAGCCUUUUCCCCCACGUGGACUGUGCUGUUUAGGGGGAGCGAUGGUUCAUCUUCAAAGCAUGCAAGUCUUCUUCCACAUCGGUGAACGUUCAGUCAUUGUUGCAAAAUCUUGUCUAAGUUUACAACUUGUGAGCAUUCAUAAUCCAGCUUUUUACAUUAUGGCUGAAUGGAUUUUGUGCACUUUAUCAUUAAAAUGACAUCUUAAAUAAUUAACCAUAUACUGUAAAUGUGCUGUCUCUCAGGUGUAAUAAUGUUUUACUUGUAUUCCUGCUUUCAGACUCAUGAUUUUGUCAACUUAUUUUAUAGGCUGAGAUCAGCAGGUGUGUGUACAGACAUCACAAACUGAGAUGUGCACACUAUGUGCGCCCGAUGCUGUGUUUGGGAGACAGUGUUGGAUAGCAAGCUGAUAAAUAAAACAAGUUAUUUUUUCCUUGA